GGACGCUGAACUUUGCUGUGUGAGCGGGUCUCUGCUUCAAGCUUUGCGUUUACGUCUCAGCGGAAACUUCAGGAAAGUGUCAGCAUGGCAGAGAGGAGGACGGCGGGAAAGGAGGCUGCAGAGCCCGACUUCCUGCAGUUCAAUGAUCUGGUCUGUGAGACGGUUGGAGGGAAGGUCAUUUUUGCCACAGAUGAAUGGUUUGCCCCGGCCAAAAACCUGCUGAAGAGAGAGCCGCCACAGUUCAUUGCAUCAGCCUUCACCGAGUUUGGAAAGUGGAUGGACGGAUGGGAGACGAGGAGGAAGAGAACACCUGGUCAUGAUUGGUGCAUCAUCCAGCUGGGAGUCCCAGGUCUGAUCUAUGGUUUGGAUGUCGACACGUCCUUCUUCACAGGAAACCACUCGCCUUAUGUUUCCAUCCAGGCCAGCUGUCUGGACCAGGUCCCCCCUUUCACCCCGGAAGGAGAUCGUACCGGCAUGGCUGCCUCUGAUGGUCAGAUGGCUGCUGUUGCCAAGCUGGGCUCGGAGGCGUGGCCAGAGCUGGUGAGUGUGUCAGAGCUGCAGCCUGGAUACUCAGACUGCUGCCAUAACUACUUCAUAGUCAGCUUCAACAGGAGAGUGACACACCUGCGCCUCAACAUGUACCCAGAUGGAGGAAUAGCCAGACUGCGGGUGUAUGGUGUCGGGCAGAGGGAUUGGUUAUGUGUUUCCAUCAACCAGGACGUCGACCUGGUGGCUCUGACCAAUGGGGGAGUCUGCCUCGGCUACAGUGACGCCCACUUUGGGCAUCCACGCAACAUGAUUGGUCUUGGUCGAGCUGCCAACAUGGCUGAUGGAUGGGAAACAGCCCGCAGACUGGACCGACCCAGAAAACUGCAGGCAGACCAGCGUGGGAUCCUGCAGGUUCCCGGCUGGGAGUGGGCGGUGUUUCGCCUCGGUCAUCCCGGACUGAUCAGCAGCGUUGAGGUCGACACCAACCACUUCAAAGGCAACUUCCCAGACUCCUGCAGGAUCGAGGCGUGCACUUUGACUCCUGAACAGGAAGCUCAGUGCAUCAGGAACAGGUGGAAUUCUGGGAAAUGGCAGGUCCUACUUCCCCCUCAGAAGCUCCAGCCCCAUCACAGGCAUCACUACGGCAAGGCGGAGCUAAAGCUGAGUCAUCCUGUCACCCACAUCCGUCUCAUCAUCGCUCCGGAUGGAGGAGUCAGCCGCCUCCGACUGUGGGGGCGACCCACGCCGAUCACUGCAGCUCUGGCCAAUCAGAGGAGUCCAGCAUCCAAACUGUGACAUAAAACUAUUAUACACUAAUUAUUAAACAGCACUAGCUGCUAGCUGAUGGACCAACAACCAGUGUUUAGAGUCAGCGCAGGGUUGCUGUGUUUCACUGUUUUAUCAGCGUUUCUUCCAAAGAGAGGACCAGUGCUUGAUUUGAUGUUAUGAUACUGCGAUUUAUGCUCAUCCAGUGGAAGCUCUCAAAGGCAGCGGCAGUUUUUAUUCUGCAUACAAUAAAUGAUUUUUCAGUGUUUUAGUGAUUAUU